AUGGCGCGAGACAAUGGCAUCGGAACCGACUACAAGAUAUCAUACCCGAUAGCCUUGACAAUCAUGGCUUUUCUAGCCAUCUCUUUGUACAACUGUCUCGAACUCACCCUCGUCAUCUUCACGACAUUCAAGCGACGGCAUGGCCUAUAUUUCUAUUCACUCCUUGUAGCUGCUUGGGGUAUACUUCCGUACUCUCUCGGCUUCUUCUUGAAGUUUUACGAAAUCACCCACACACAAGCGAUAUACAUCACCCUCAUUGCUGUAGGAUGGCCCUGCAUGGUCACUGGCCAGUCGCUGGUCCUGUACUCAAGGCUUCAUCUCAUUACACGCAGUAUAUCCAGCAGAAGUCAGAAAUGGGUUCUGAUAAUGAUCAUCGUUAACGCAGUCAUCUGCCACAUCCCUACCAUCGUCCUACUUUACGGAGCCAACUCUGGAAACUCUGGUCCAUUUCUCACACCAUACUCCAUCUACGAGAAAGUCCAGAUUACCGUGUUCUUCUUACAAGAAGUCAUCAUCUCUGGCAUUUAUGUGUUCAAGACGCUGAAGAUCUUGCGCGCAGAAGGUGGCAUUCGUGGUCGUAAUUCUCGAAUGGUCAUGACGCAUUUGGUGUGGGUCAACAUGAUCAUCAUCGUACUGGAUGUCACCUUGCUCGCCAUCGAGUACGCAGGAUUUUACGAUAUUCAAACAACGUACAAGGCUGCAGUGUACAGUGUUAAGCUCAAGAUGGAGUUCGCCAUCUUGAACAAACUUCUAGAUCUCUUCCAAGGCCGUAUCCAGGAUUCAUCGGACGAUCCCCGCUCUCAUUCUCACGGCCCAGGCACUACGUUGGGAGGAACGACGAAGCGGUCCGCAAACAAGUCCAUGCCGACACACAAUGGCACUGUCACAGAUGGUCUACCCGUCGCUUCAAGCUUGGGCAACUCUGCAUACGCAAGAAUGAACGACGAUGUCGAAGGUACAGGUAUCAACUUGACCGAUAUGAAAGUUAUGAAGACUACGGAGGUCACGAUUGAGAGAACCGAGAGAUUACCUGAGCACGAUGGGAGCGAUGGAGAUCUCGAAAGCGUAGGCGGGACGAGCAUCAAGGGAAUAGGUGCUCGAAAAAUGAGCGCAAGCUCGAGUGAGAUCCAGAUUGUGAGGAAUGGUUACUGA